AUGGCUUCGGAUAUUCCAUUGACUGUUGUCCCUGAGCAGCUGAAGAGGCUUGUGCGCCUGAUUGUUAGAGGAUUUUAUUCCGUGGAACAUGCUGUGGUCAUUGACAUGCUUGUCCGACAUCCCUGCAUUAAAGAAGAUGAUCUUGCAGAAUUAUUAAAAUUGGAACGCAAACAUCUUAGAUCUGUGCUUAAUGCACUUAAAAUGGAUAAAUUUCUCAAAAGCCGCAUGAGGGUAGAAACGGAUGAAGAAGGCAGGACCACCAGGCACACAUUUUACUUCAUCAACUAUGGUGUGUUUGUGAACGUGGUGAAGUACAAAUUAGACCACAUGCGGCGCAAGAUUGAAACUGAUGAGCGGGACAGCACUAGUCGGUCCACCUUCAAGUGUUCUGGUUGUGAGAAAACGUACACAGAUCUGGAAGUUGGGCAGCUGUUUGACAUUGGCAGCCGACAGCUUAUUUGUACGUAUUGUCAGAAUACGGUGGAAGAAGAUGAACUCUCGACCCCGAAACAAAAUGUCAGAACCAUGCUGGCCAUGUUUAAUGAACAGAUUGAGAUCAUCUAUGCCCUGUUGAAGGAAUGUGAAGACAUGAAACUUGCACCUGAAAUCUUGGACCCUGAACCCACAGACAUCAAAAAUCUUGUUAGACCAAACUCUGGGGCUGCUCAAAGACAUCAAGAUGGUGACAGAACUGUCUGGAGCGGUGAUUCUACCCGUAAUGUCGGCUUUGGCUACUCAGAGAACCGGGUAACGAUCACCGUUGGAGAUGAGAAUGGUGGCAAGGUAGAGAAGCGAGCUCAACCUGUCUGGAUGACACAGAGUACGAUAGAUGGCAGCGCUGUUGGCGGAGUGAAUAAUCAUGAGAUGAAAGUUUCAGAUUUGGACAAACGUGGCCGAGGUGGCGGCACAGACGACAUACUGCAGACUUUAUUAGUUCAUGAACCAAAGGCAGGUCCGUCUAGAGUCGCCGCCCCAGAAUCUAGCGAAGGGGAAUCAGAGUCUGAGGAUUUGAAGAAUGGAGAAGAUGAGGAGGAGGACAUGGACAGUGAUGAGUUUGAGGAUGUAGGCACGAUGGUCAGCAUUGGCUCUACUAGAGUACCCUACAACAGCAUUACCUCCGACCUGGUGGCCAAGAUGACCCCUCUAGAGAAGGAGGAGUACAUCAGGAUAGGACAGCAGUUGUAUGAGAACAUGUACGACUGA